GUUCCAAGAUGUCCCGCAAAGCUGACGAUGUUUUUGCGAGGGAGCGGUCUCCCGCUGUUGCUGUCGUCCCUGCACGAGAUCCAUAUGGGGUAGGGCCGACCGCUACGUUGGUGUUCGUACGCUCCAUCAGGGAUAUUACCCCUACUCUUUGCAGUGUUCAGCCAGGUGUCGCGUCUUCCCCAUAGCAGCUGGCAGUGUUGGUGUUUACUCUCUGACGCUUGUUUCGACCUCUGAUACACCGCGCGCAUUUUCCCAACUUUAGU